CGCACGCACGCACGCACUCCCUCCCUCCCCACCAUGGUCAUGGCCCAACACGCAAACAUGGCCCGCGUCAGACAGCCCAGGCGACGAGAGAGAGAUGCCAGCGCCGAGCGCUCCGACUCAUCGGCCUCGACGUCGCCCGAGCGCGGCUUCGACGACGAGGACAAGGACUCGGUCAUGCUGCAGUCCAACGACUCGCUCUCGUCGCUCGCGCCCUCGCUCUCGCCAGACUCGGACGACGAGGCCCGCCGCCGCGCCAUCGAGGAGCAGAACCGCAUCUCGCCCAUCUCGCGCCUGCCCGCCGAGCUCAUGAUCGCCGUCUUUGCCAAACUCUCGUCGCCCACGGACCUCAAGAACUGCAUGCUCGUCUCCAAGACGUGGGCCGGCAACAGCGUCGGCCUGCUAUGGCACCGCCCCUCGACCAACAAGUGGUCCAAUGUCAAGAGCGUCAUCCGCACCAUCCAGACCUACAACAGCUUCUUCGACUACAGCAGCCUCAUCAAGCGCCUCAAUCUGUCCGCCCUGGGCCACGAAGUCAGCGACGGCACCCUCAAGCCCCUCUCGAGCUGCAAGCGCGUCGAGCGCCUGACGCUGACCAACUGCACCAAGCUCACGGACCUGAGUCUGGAGGCCAUGCUCGAGGACAACCGAUACAUCCUGGCCCUCGAUGUUACCAACGUCGAGUCCAUCACCGACCGAACCAUGCUCACCCUCGCCCAGCACGCCGUCCGCCUGCAGGGCCUCAACAUCACAAACUGCAAGAAGAUCACCGAUGACUCGCUCGAGGAGGUUGCCAAGAGCUGCAGACACCUGAAGCGUCUCAAGCUCAACGGCUGUUCGCAGCUUAGCGACAGGAGUAUCAUUGCCUUUGCCCGGAACUGCCGCUACAUGCUCGAAAUUGACCUCCACGACUGCAAGAAUCUCGACGAUGCCUCGAUUACGACGCUGAUUACCGAAGGUCCCAACCUGCGCGAACUGCGCUUGGCGCACUGCUGGAAAAUCACCGACCAGGCUUUUCUGCGCCUUCCCGCAGAGGCUACCUAUGACUGCCUGCGCAUCCUCGAUCUCACCGACUGCGGCGAACUGCAGGACAGCGGUGUCCAGAAAAUCGUCCAGGCCGCUCCUCGACUCCGCAACCUGGUCCUCGCCAAGUGUCGCAACAUCACAGACAGAGCUGUCAUGGCCAUCACGCGCCUUGGCAAGAACCUUCACUACAUACACCUCGGACACUGUUCGCGCAUCACCGACGUUGGCGUUGCACAACUGGUCAAGCUUUGCAACCGCAUUCGCUACAUUGACUUGGCGUGCUGCACGGCUCUUACAGACGCCUCGGUCAUGCAGCUGGCAGCACUGCCCAAACUCAAGCGCAUCGGUCUGGUCAAAUGCGCAGCCAUUACAGACCGUAGUAUACUCGCGCUUGCCAAGCCAAAACAAAUUGGUUCAACAGGUCCCAUUGCACCUAGUGUGCUUGAGAGGGUGCAUCUCAGCUACUGUACUAACCUCUCCUUGGGUGGCAUCCACGCUCUUUUGAACAACUGCCCCCGCCUGACCCAUCUUUCUCUGACCGGCAUCCAAGCCUUCCUGCGUGAAGACCUCCUCGCCUUUUGCCGGGAAGCGCCGGCAGAGUUCAACGACCACCAGCGCGAAGUUUUCUGUGUCUUCAGCGGCAAUGGGGUCAAGCGUCUCCGUGUCUUCAUGAACACCAACGGCGGGGAAGAUGUAGACCGCGACGGGCAUGGCUUUGGCGUUGACGAUGGCACCAUGUUCCGCGACGACGAAGACGGUGACAACAUGGUGGUGGUGACUGCACAGGCAAACAUUAUGGCUAUUGACGAAGAAGACGAGUUUGGAAACGACAGCGAAAUGGCAGGACAGGACUAGAGCCCCCCCAUGGCCCUUUCUUUCUUGUUCAUGCCUCACGAGCAUAUAUCAGGAGUUUUGGGUUGUCGAAUUACGUCUUGUGGCAUUGUUAGCGCAUCAUACGAUACUGUUCAUUGUUUUUGUUUUGUUUUGUUUUUGUUUUCAUCAUAGCACGGCGGGAAUGCACAUGACUGGGCCCCCUGCGGACGGGGUCCCCCCGCGUUGUGGAAACGACUAUACCCUCUAUGUUUUAAUUUUCCUUUUUCAAUGGAGAGGGAGGAGAGGGAAUGAGAUGGGGACAAGGAGAAGGAGAAGAGAAAAGAAGAGAAACGGUGUACCUAGGAAAUAACACAGCUUCUGCACCAACAGUGGUAGCAGCAGUAGCAGCAGCAGC